AUGCGAUCGGGGUCUAAGCAAGAAAAAUUAGAUAUGCUUACUCUUUUAAGUUUUUUCCUUUGGGAGAUUUGGAAAACCAGGUGCAAGGCUGUCAUUGAAAGGAGCACCAUUGAUCCGCCCAAGGUUAUUGAGAAUGCGCUAAGAGCUCAAAUGGAGUUUACUGAAAUCCGAAGGGUUCCUAGUGAUGAAGUGGUCGUGAACAACAUUUUGAAUGUCCAUCCCGCUUCCUGGAAUGCACCUUCAGGUGAUUUUGUGAAAAUAAAUGUGGAUGGAGGAUGGAUUGGUGACACUCUGAAAGGUGGCGUUGGGGUUGUUAUUAGAAAUACUGGUGGUCAAUUUGUUGGGGGUUUAGCUGGUCCUAUUUGCUGUGAUUCAGCACUAGCUGCGAAAACUCAUUCAGCAAUUAAAGGGCUUGCUUUGUCUGCUAACCUUGGAUUUAGAGAUGUCAUUGUGGAAACAGACUCAAAAUUUCUCAUCAAUGGGAUAAAUGGUGACUUUAGAAACAAAGUGUGGUCCAUUAUGCCCCUUCUUGAGGAGAUUCACAGAAUAUGUGGGUCUAUGCAUGAGGUUCGAUGGAGCUGGGUGCAUAGAUAUUUAAACCGGGCGGCUCAUGAGGCAGCCAUGAUUGGAGUUAGAGCUAUGGAGCUAGAAAGCUGGGUCUCACGACCACCAUUGUCUCUGGUGCAAGUUCUGGUCUCGGAUGGACUCCCAUGUCCUCCUUAA